AUGUCAUCCCACCUGCCUCUUUUGCUCCAUCCACUGUUGAAUGCCAUCUUCAACAACCCGAGCCCAGACGAUUCCCCCCUGAGGGAGGUAUAUCCGCAGUUGCUGAACGGUUGGUCUGAUGGGACGGUGAUACUGAUCCCACCAUUGGAUCUGUUGUUGAAUUACACUGAGCAUGAGAGCGAGGUGCCCUAUAACGAACUGUGUUACUCACAGGACUUUGUCAAAGACCAUGUGCUGGUGACUCAGGAGAACAAGAAUGCUAAGCUGUUCAGGACUCUGAGCGAUAAAGAAGUGCUCAUAAAGAAGGAUACCCUGUUCACAGGGAAAGGAUUCAAGAAGUCGAUAAGGCUGAAUGUGCUGAGUUGUGAAUACUUCCAGAACUUCACAGAUUACUUCCCAAAGGGAAGACGGUUCAUGCUCAUGUACAUAGACGGCACGUUGUUUGGAACACCACGCAGAACAACGUCAUUUGAACUGAUUUCGCCUUCUACGAGUAAGACGAUGCACGUUGUUCUGUUUGAACAGCUUCUGAGAACUUUCCCCUUGAUUGCAAAGAGCGUUGGGGAACAAUACCAGGACUUAUUCAGAACGUUUAGUGUUAGAGAGGCUCAAGACUUGGAUUCCUUGAUUUCACUGUUCCAUGAUGCCGUGGAACAGGCGUCUCUCAUAUUUGAGACUUUAAGUCCUGAAUUGGUGCGGUUGAUAAUUGACGUCUCACCACAUAUAGAUUUGAACGAAUGUGUUCACAACUAUGUCGAAUUGAACUUGCACGACAAGAUAUGGAGAAGGCUCUGUGAAUUAUACCCUGAUAGUAUUGGAGAUAAGUAUCUUCUACUAACGAAUAUAAGCUUGAACCAGGUUUCAUUGCCAGAGAAAUUCAAGAGUGAUCUCAAAUUGCAGUCUAUCUUGGAAAAGAAAAUCACCAAGGCCAUAGUUGAGUUUCAAAAACUGGAACUGACAACUGAUACCUCUUCUAAAAUAGAAGUGUUUGUCAAUACGAUAGCACUGCUAUCGAAAACUGAUGAGAUUACGAUAGAUGCAGAUACUUUGGUGGGGCUUUUACUCAUUGUCGUUGUACAGACUGGAGUUCCGCAAAUUGCAAACCAUCUGCUAUACGUUCAAAGUCUUUCCUACAAGGAGAUAAACACUGGUAUGAUUGGUUAUUCGUUAUCUACUUUCGAAGGGUUGAUCUACUACCUGAACGAUCACUCCAAUUUGAAAUCCCUGCUGAAUUAUUCAGAAACCAAUAAAAGGGUAUUUGAAUAUAUCGACACCAAGGAGUUGUUGAAAUUGAAGCAGAUUGCGGACUCCUUCAAUGACGAAUUUGAAUCUUCCUUGAAAAGUCGCACAGUUCAGGGAGAAUCCCUACUGAUGCUGGCCAUCCAUUCUAACGACUACGAUACUUGGAAACUGUUGAUUGACUACGAAGAGAUAUUUCCAUUGGAGGAUAUACUGGCAGAUCAAACAGUCACCGACAUCAAUUUGUUGAAUGCAGCGUUGAACUAUGAAAACUUUGACAUCAUUGAUGAAAUUGUCGAUAUACUUCUCACGUCGUGUACCAAUGAUGAACUCAUACGGUACUUGAACAUGAAAGACACUCAUCACAGGACAAUUGGACACUAUCUGUUCCAUUACCAAUCUCUCAUCCCCAAAUUGGGCCCUUUCAUCGACUGGACAAUGAAAGAUUUAAAUGGACAGACACCUCUAUUUGCCAUCUGCAGAAGCUACGAUGUUACAAACUACAAUGAGCUUAUUGAGACCGUUUUCAAGACUAUUACCAAGUGGUACGACGAUAACGGGUCCGAAUUUGACUAUGAAGACCAUGUUGAUUUGCGUGGGAACACCUUGUUGCAUAUUUUGAACUCCAAGAUUGACGUUUUAUUGCAAAACAGAAGGGUCAAUGUGAAUGAGUCAAAUAAAAAACGUCUUACACCUCUUAUGGUUUAUGCCAAAUACAAUAGGAUCGAUAAUGUUAGAGAGAUCCUCAAACAACCGUCUGUUGAAGUAAGCAAGACUGACAAGCAUUUCUUCACCUGUCUUGAUCACUCAAAGAAUUCUGUUGUUUCCCAGUUGAUUGAUACUCAUUACCUAAAUGAUACCAUCCAACCAGUGGAUGCAAAACAACUGGGAUUGAUAAGGGUCAAGCUUGAGAAUAACAUAUGGAAAAUCGUCAUUAGAGCUCAUUACGAUGGAACUGAAUACUUCAUAACGCAUCCCUUCAAGGACUUCAAGCACCUUGUCGAGAUAUUAAAGAUGGAAUUCCCAAAUACAUUCUUACCACUUGACUACAGCUUGAAGAAUUUUGAGAUGAUUCUGAACUUUUCAAGUUUCAACAAGCUCAAGUUGAACAAGGUUAUUGAUGAUUUGAAUAUAUUCCUCCAAGCGUUGCUAUUCAAUAAGCCCAUGGCAAAGAGUGAUGUAUUAUGGGAAUUCCUCACACAGAAGGAAUUUGACUACCUUGAGUCAGCACAAAGGAUCACUACACAGAGGCAAAAGCUGUUGAAUGAGACGUGGAGUGAUAUCGUUCUACAGCCAGAAGAGAUCAGCGAGAUCAAUUUCUUUCUCAAGUUCAGUGCCAAAGAGCUGAUGAAGUUGAGAGGUUUAUAUGACAAGCUCUAUAAAGUUGUUUGCUUUAAGUCAAGAAAGAGAAUUGAGAUCAAAUAUGCCAUGGAACUCUUUGCAGAUGCUAGCUGUGGAUCAAAUCGUGAACUUGAGUACCUUUGCAAGAUCUUACAAGAUAGCGUGAAGGAGCUCAAUUUUGAUGAGGAAUUGUGUGAUAAAGUGUUGUACCUAUCCCUCUCGUGUGAGACAAUGAUUACUAGGAUCAACGAACUGAUGAACACCAAGAUCUUCAGAUGGUGGAAACUAUACGGGGAGCUGAUAGAGCUGAAUAAUACGUACAAGAAGUUCAAGUUUGUCGAGUUGAGGAAGACCCAUGGAAUUGAGCAGGCGAACGAAGUUGCUGGGCUGGUUGACGUUAAUGAAGAGAGCUUCCAGGAUUUGACCUCAUCUACAAGCUUUGAUAGCACUUUGACUAAGACGACAAAGAAACCGAAACCGGGAUUCUUGACGAAUUUCAUAGAGUCCAAAAGGAGUAAGUUUGAAGGUAAACUCUUGACUAGUUUGAAAUCGGUUAAACAUGAGUUGUCAGCUUUGAAUAAGGAUAUCAAGUUCAACCAUGAAGCUAUUGCUAUGGAGAUGAACAACUUUGUAAACUUCAAGACAGAUUUCUUGAAGUUGAUUAUCAAGAAGUACGUGAAAAGACGGAUUCAAGACACAAAGUUCUCCACAUUGAUGUUAGAGAGAGGGUUAUCGGACGUGCGUUUAUAG